AUGGCUGUUUAUACACAGGAAUCGAACAGCCUGCUUGGCAGCAGCACCCGGAAGCAAAGCCCAGAGGCCUACUACGACAGCAUCUCUGCAUAUACACGCCGCAAGCCCAGUGAAAGUAUCCACUGCGGUCUGCAUUAUAAAGACUUUGCAGAGUUCCUCAGCCCUGGACCACGUAGCACAACCCCCAUAGCAUCAAAUGCUUCCGUGCAACCACCCACCUCUGCUACAGGCUAUCCAUUCAUCACAAGCCUUGUCUAUAACAAGAAAGGUGUAACAAUUGGACAGCCAUUCGAGCACACUGAUCCCGCGAGGCUACAUGAUGAUCUGGAUGAGCAACAAAAGAAGCUACAUCUGCAGCAUCCCGAUACAGCGCAACAGGAUACCGCUACGCUUCUUUUCAUGAGUGGAUACCCUUCGCCGCAAUGGAUCUGUGCCUUGGGUGCAGAGUUUCGCGUGGAUCCAGAAUUCUUCCGACGCCAUAUGAGUUUCUGCCAGGUGACCGACUACAACGACCAGCCUUGCUUACCAUCUGGGUUUCUGAACAUCUUGACUCUCAGAGAGGUGAAGCUUUUUCACAGAGAGAAUGUCAUCUCCCAAGACAAGGUCCAGCAAGCGCGAGCUCAAUCUUCUGACGAUGUCAGGAGCAGUCACAAUAACCUGCAAAACUUGGGUGACUCGAUAGUACGAAGGUUCUCGCCACAUAAUGAACGAACCUUCUCAACAGAGCACAACAUCUCUUGCUAUAUCGCCAAGAAGCCGCAGGGAUCAUGGUUCAACAGACAUGUCUGUUUUCAGCUCGAUGCCAAUACAUUCAAGGUCACAAAGCUUACCCCUAUGGCUUUAGCGUUAGUUUGGAUGGACUCGGGCCGUGAACCUGUUGACAACGAAACCAAAGGCACUGCUGGGCCUCCUUGGGUGGACUCGCACACCAGACUUCCCAUCAUCCAGCAUUUUUACAAGUCAGCGCUAAAGUACACCGCUUCUGUGCCCCCACCAGCGACUACCACGCCAACGGCAUCAGCAGCGCAUGGACAACACCGUCCAGGGCCACAUCCAAGCCAGGACAGAUAUAUCCCUGCCAACCAACAAGGCACUGGUCAGACCAACAUCCAAAGCAAUCCACGUUCUGCCCACCUGCCAAAUGUAUAUGGUCUCCCAUCCACGACAGAGACACCCAAGACGGACCCCCUUGGACUUUUGCAUGACCUUUACAAGUACUGUCUCUCGGGCGAAAGCCAGUUCAUCAACUUCCUAGGUCAACAGGUGGAUGAAAGUCUCCGCCGUGCCUCACAGGACCCAGAAUUCGCACUGGAGAAUCUGCGUUACAACAAAGCUCUGCUAGAUGACCAUAUUGCCUACUUGAGCGAACUCGAAUGUUUUACUAAGGCAUACCAUGAACUAAGCAAAGAUGAAAUUGGCACUGAACUGCAUCAAACACCAGCCACUGGAGCAAGACUCACGGCGAGAUAUAGUAUAUUGCAAGACAUUGCAUCUCUCACAGGCCGUGCGAACCGCUUUUCGCAGCGAUGCUUGGAGGGUACCGCAGCCAUCAUGAAUGCAGCUGCAUUGCUUGAGUCACGCCAGGCCAUUAAUCAGUCUGAACAAGUCAAGCUGUUGACAUUGCUUGCCACGGUCUUCAUUCCAGCAUCGUUCGUGUCCUCUGUAUUUGGUAUGAACUUUGUAGAGAUGGACUCCGGGAAAAGCUGGAGCUGGGCUGUUGGAUUUGGAACCAUCGGUGCUGUGAUCUUGGUUUCCGGGCUUAUGAGCUAUUGGCUGGAAGCCAAGUAUAAGAAAAAGAAAGAAAAAGUCAAAAUGGUUAGUUUGUUGUCUUCCAAUGUCAAUGGCUGA